GCCCGCGCCGCCUGCCCCACCGCCGGCUGAGACCCGGCCGAGCCCGGGCAGCGCCGAGGCUCAAACCAUGAAUUACGUCGGGCAGUUGGCGGGCCAGGUGUUUGUCACCGUGAAGGAACUCUACAAGGGGUUGAAUCCUGCCACCCUGUCUGGAUGUAUCGAUAUCAUCGUUGUCCGCCAACCCAACGGGACCCUUCAGUGCUCCCCCUUCCACGUCCGCUUUGGGAAGAUGGGCGUCCUGCGCUCCCGAGAGAAAGUGGUUGACAUAGAAAUCAAUGGGGAAUCUGUGGAUUUGCACAUGAAAUUAGGAGAUAAUGGAGAAGCCUUUUUUGUUCAAGAGACUGAUAAUGAUCAGGAAGUGAUCCCCACGCACCUGGCCACCUCCCCGAUCCUGUCAGAAGGAGCCUCGCGCAUGGAGUGCCAGCUGAAAAGGAACUCUGUAGAUAGGAUGAGAAGCCUGGACCCCAGCACCUCAGCCCAAGUCUUACCUCCCAGUGAGACCCCUUCAAGUAGUUCUUUAGUGAAGAAGAGACGAAAAAGGAGGAGAAAGUCCCAGCUGGACACCCUGAAAAGGGAUGACAACAUGAACACGUCUGAGGAUGAAGACAUGUUUCCCAUAGAGAUGAGCUCCGAUGAGGAGACAGAACCGCUGGACAGCAGUAGAACUCUUUCUAAUGAUAUACCUCCAUUCCAAGAAGAUAUUCCUAAGGAAAACCUCUCCUCAGUUAUGACUUAUCCUCAGUCAGCGUCGUACCCUAAUUCCGAUAGAGAGUGGUCACCCAGUGCCAGUAGCCUGAUAGAUUGCAAAAGGACUCCCCUCCAUCUGGCAGUUGCGGCUGAGGGAGGUCUUUCUAGUUCUUGCCCUCCACAGUCUUCCCACUUCCGUGCUUCAGACAGUCCUUCAGGUUCCCGACCUUCGACACCUAAAAGUGAUUCCGAAUUGGUCAGUAAGCCCACAGAUAGGACGAUGCAGAAGAGUAACCUAGAAAUGCUCUGGCUUUGGGGAGAAUUGCCACAAGCUACAAAGUCAUCUCCAUAUAAGAUGAAAGAGUCCAGCCCGCUGAGCAGUAGAAAAAUCUGUGAUAAGAUGCACUUUCAGGCCAUUCAUAGUGAAUCUUCAGAUGCGUUUAGUGACCAGUCGCCAACGCUGACCAGGGGGCCUCCUGUGCAGCCGCUUUUGGAGCAGAACAAGUCUCAGACGGAGAUGCAAUUUGUGAAUGAAGAGGAUGUCGAGGCCUUAGGAGCAGCAGCCCCGCCUUUCCCUACGACCGAAGAGCCCAAACCCCUCUCUGCCAGCGCAGCCCCGGCAGUGAGCAAGACGGAUUCUCCUUCUAGGAAAAAAGACAAACGAAGCCGACACCUUGGUGCUGACGGUGUCUACUUGGAUGACCUCACGGAUAUGGAUCCUGAAGUGGCUGCGUUGUAUUUUCCCAAAAACGGAGAUCCUUCUGGGCUUGCGAAACAUGCCAACGACAACGGAGCCCGCUCAGCCAACCAGUCCCCGCAGUCCGUGGGCAGUUCUGGCGUUGACAGUGGUGUGGAGAGCACCUCGGACGGCCUGAGGGACCUGCCAUCCAUUGCCAUCUCCCUCUGCGGGGGCCUCAGCGACAACAGGGAGAUAACCAAAGAUGCGUUUUUGGAACAAGCUGUGUCCUAUCAGCAGUUUGUGGACAACCCUGCCCUCAUCGAUGACCCCAAUCUUGUGGUGAAGAUCGGGAAUAAGUAUUAUAACUGGACAACAGCAGCACCUCUGCUCCUGGCAAUGCAGGCCUUCCAGAAACCUCUGCCAAAGGCCACUGUGGAAUCUAUCAUGAGAGAUAAGAUGCCCAGAAAGGGAGGAAGAUGGUGGUUUUCAUGGAGGGGAAGAAAUACCACAAUCAAGGAGGAGAGUAAGCCAGAGCAGUGCUUGGCUGGAAAGAGCCACAGCACCGGGGAGCAGCCGUCACAGCUUAGCAUGGCCACCAGAAUAAAGCAUGAAUCAUCCUCCAGUGAUGAAGAGCACGCAGCUGCCAAGCCAUCAAGCUCGAGCCACCUCCCUCUGUUGUCCAGUGUCAGCUACAAGAAGACCCUCCGGCUCACUUCAGAGCAGCUGAAAAGCUUAAAGUUGAAGAAUGGCCCCAAUGACGUGGUUUUCAGCGUCACCACACAGUAUCAAGGCACGUGCCGCUGCGAGGGCACCAUCUACUUGUGGAACUGGGACGACAAAGUCGUCAUUUCUGAUAUCGAUGGAACAAUCACGAGAUCAGAUACUCUUGGCCACAUUUUGCCCACCCUCGGGAAGGACUGGACCCACCAGGGCAUUGCUAAGCUGUACCAUAAAGUGAGCCAAAAUGGAUAUAAGUUUCUCUACUGCUCUGCGCGUGCCAUCGGGAUGGCGGACAUGACGAGGGGCUAUUUGCACUGGGUCAACGAGAGGGGCACCGUGCUGCCUCAGGGGCCACUGCUGCUGAGCCCGAGCAGUCUCUUUUCCGCCUUGCACAGAGAAGUGAUUGAAAAGAAACCAGAAAAGUUUAAAGUCCAGUGUUUGACAGACAUCAAAAACCUGUUUUUUCCAAAUACAGAACCCUUUUAUGCUGCUUUUGGAAACCGACCGGCUGAUGUGUAUUCAUACAAGCAAGUAGGAGUGUCUCUGAACAGAAUAUUUACUGUCAAUCCCAAAGGAGAACUCAUACAGGAGCACGCAAAGACCAACAUCUCCUCGUACGUGAGGCUCUGUGAAGUGGUCGACCACGUUUUCCCGUUGCUGAAAAGAAGCCACUCUUCGGACUUCCCCUGCUCAGAUACCUUCAGUAAUUUCACCUUUUGGAGAGAGCCACUGCCGCCUUUUGAAAACCAGGACGUUCAUUCUGCCUCAACGUAAAAGGUCCCAAGCAGCCUCCUGACAUCAUGCGAUGACUGGGCACCCCCAUUAAAGGGUAGAUUUUGGGAGCCGUGGAGAGGAGCUCGGGAGCCUGACGUGCAGUCCUUUGCUUAAGAGCAGGGAGAGUGGAGAAGCAUUUCUCUCUCCCCCGCUGCCCUGGGGGUUGACAUUUCUGAGUGAAAUUAUAGGCGAGGCAUCGGGUGCAUUCUUAGAGAGGAAGGCAUUCCUUGGUUGUGGCUUAAAGCCAAUCGCAGUGCUGCCCUUCCCAACCGGCUCUAGCAGUUCGUUAUCAGUUAAUGUGCAAUACUGUCUAUGAAACCUACGCAGAGGUGGCUGGCAGGGGGUCCUGGCCGGUGACAGUAUCAAUCGAGGAACGCCAGAUGUGCACGACUUUCAGUAGAGUAGGGGGCAUGUGUCCAUUAUGGCGGUUUGUGUCACCUCUUCCGCACCUGGCAGGAGGGCUGUGCAGGGUCUCAUGACCUGAAUCUGGGUUCUCUGAAGGGGCUCCAGACCUCACUGUUCUGGGCCUUGGCCUGUGGAUGUUCCCUUACAGUGUUUGCUGACCGGUCUAGUUUUUAGGUGAUAAGUUCUUCUUUAAUUCCUUUGGUUACAGAUAAUCUAUGUAGCUGGCAUAUUUUCCCCCAUUUCUGUGGCUCCAGGCUGGAAUAUUUAUGCCUUAAAGCAUCUGUGGCAGACAUUUUAUUUAGAAUGUGCUUUGUCUAGCUCUCGGUAACUUUGCAAUGCCUUAAGUUCAGAUGAUAGUAAAUAUUACUAAGGCAGUAUUUCCAGUCGGUUCAGCACUCUUCCAGCAGCCUUGUAUCCAGCAGGGUGGUGCUGACAAUGUGGGCUUGAACAGAGCUGAUGCCAGAUGAUAAUGAUGUCGAUUUCUAUUGGGAGCUCUCAAAAGAAACUGGUUGGUUUUAAGAAAACAGUUCCAAGAAGUUGAAUUAUAUUCUUUGUAGAUAUUACUAUUUAUUGCUUUACUCUGAUUGGAUUACUGUUAUAAGCAUUUUAGCCAUAUUCUUUCUAUUAUAACUGUCAUUAAUCCAUUAAAAAGAUAUGCAUGUUAGACUAUCCAAAGAGCCUUAUUCUGUAUAUCCCACAACACUGACCUUCUUUUGGGAUUUACGAGUAAUGCUUUUUAUUUUCCUUAGCUUUUUCCACUCAAAUUAAAGGCAAGUGGAUAGGUAAUAAUUUAAGUGACGUACUUUAAGCCAGUAGAUGAUUCUUUUACUUGUUUAUUAAAUUGGCUUGUGGAGAGAACAAUUUGAAAAGAAAGAAUUAUUUUGGUAAAAGAUUUUGCUUUACUUUUUGAAGUAUUAUUUUUUUAAAGAGUGUUUUACUCCAAUGGUUGAAAUACUUUGCUAUUUAAAUCACAUUGUUAGAAUCAUAGGAGGCAAAAUAUGGAACAGUUGAAUGAAAUUUUACUCUUUCUGUGAAAGAAAACCCAAUGGUGUUGCCUUCAUUGUAGUCGGUGGGCUCCGUUAGCAGCGGGAUCCUUUACUGAACGGUUCCCGUGGCCGUGCAGAGAGAGGCAGGUGUACGUGUGGAGUUGAUUGCAGAUUUGCAGAGCAGCGAGAACAUGCAUGUGCAGAUUCCCUUCCGGAGGCGUUAAAAAUAGUUACGAAUAGUCCUGCCUUAACUACUCUGGGUUUGUUCACUAGUGACCUCUGGAGGCCACAUUAAUUCUUUCUGUUACGAGGGUAUUUUUGGGUGAAUUUAGCCGUUGUGAACUCAGUCUAAGCUCAGGGGCCUGCGUAGGCUAGCACAGUGUCUCCCUUGUGCUGGGAGGAGCGUGGCUGCGAGCGUGGGUAGCGUAUCCCUCGUGCCAUUUGCCCCUUCAUCAGGACGACAGCUGUAGUCCACUCUCCACGUGGAGGUGUGAGAGCAUGCAACUUUGGACUCCUAAUUUUGAUGUACCUUAAGCUUCUGCACUACUGCAGUCUGAAACAGAGCAUGCCUUGCAGAAAGUUGCACUGUCGGAUCUGUGUCAGGUUCAGAGUGUGACCCCUGGGGAGGCUGUAACAUCACACCUGCCUUGUUGCUUUGGAAAAUGUGAUUUAUGCAUGGGUGGUGCUCACACGUAUGGGAGUUGGUUUAUCUGUGUUUACACAGCUAUAAUCCGCAAACCCCACAGUUGUGUGCUAGAAUGCUGCAUUUGGACCAUACAUUUCAAAGUUGUCCUAUGGAAAUGAGUCACUCCGUAGUGACAAGUCAUCAGAUGUUCAUCACAGGUGAUGAAGAAAAAUAUAUAUACUUGGUAUAUAGAAAAAUAUAUAUACCUAGUACAUUGGAGAAAUGACUACACCUUCAGAGAGAAUUCCCUUUUCAAUUUUAGGUUUGGAUCACCACUUUAAAUACAUUUUAUUUACAACACUUGAUCUGUAUUUGUAUAUGCUGUUGCAAUGGUAACAAUCACUGUACUAUUUCAUUGUGUUGUGCUGGAUCCAAAGCUAGAAAAUAUUGUAAUAAAUGAGACUGAUGAAAGACUUCUCUGAAAAUCAGGUGUGUGAAUUUUAGUUUUUGGUAAGUUAUUGUGUUGCUGAUUUUCUGAUAUCAAGCAUAUUAUUUUAUUUAAAAAAAAAACCUUAAGACUAUGAACUGUUCAAUCUUUGGAAUAAAAGAGCCAGUCUUUUCUGAUGUCUCUGGUACAAUGCCGGCUCUGUGUGCACUUAGGGGGAAGGGGGCUGAAGAUGGAGAGGAGAGGGCUGCACCCGGGGCUGCUCCCGCCCUGAAGGGAAUGACUCCGGAGCAGGGAGGGUUCAGUUAAAUGUUGUACGUCACGUGCCGCCAGGGCCUGGCCCAUAAUUGGUGUUUAACACAAGCGAGUUCUGUUCCGUUUCUUUUGUGUGAUGGUCAGUCAGGUGCAGCCACAAGAGGAGACCCAGGAGAGGCUCAGGAAAACAAAGUUUAUUAUACUCACAGGUCCUCGAAUUGGGAGGUAUGCAUGCCACAUGGGCCACAAGGGAAAGCUCCAGGCUGGUCAGGAGGCAGAAGUGGCAGGAGAGCGGGGAGAGCCUAGGCCAGGGCCUUAGUUGGGUGUAUGGGAAAGGCAAGGCGGGGCAGAGCGAACAGUUAGGAUUGGCUAGUUUGAAUAAUUUCAGCGGACUCUAAGCAAUGGUCUAUAGAGGUGGUCCCUGGUUGCCUGGCGCCUGGCCCUGGAUGAUUAGGGCAGAGGAGUAUUGCCUCCUGGGGUGCGCAGGCAGAUAGAGGAGGUCUGGCUCUGGAUCGGUUAGUUUGCAUAUCACGGCGUGCUCUGCUGGGCCCUUUACUGUCUCUAAGAAGUGGCUAGCCAGUCUCUCCCCAGCCAGGGAGAUUUUUAAGAUGUCAAAACACUAUAAUAAGACACAGAAAAUAAAAGUAUGAACAAUACAGUUUCCCUUACCUCACAUCCACUGUCCUCAGCUUUUGGACUGCACUUCUCUGUGGUGUACCCAAUUCGUUUUUCAUUUUGAACGAAUCAAUCAAAACCCUUGACUAGUUCACCCAGAUAACUUGAAAACCACCAUAAUUCCUAUUGAUUUUGUGCAUCGUCGACAUGCCUGAGACAUCCUGUUGCAUUACCUGCGUCAGCCUAAGUGUUUUUUGAAUAAAUUUUAGAAUAUUGGUCCCUAAAUCCGUAAACGAUGGCUGCACAAGGGUACCAGGCCGAACUCAUGAGGCCCAGAUCCAAACACUUCAUCUCUGGGGGUCUGUGGAAUUACUGCUCAUGUGUCUUGAAAACAAAACAAAUCCUGUCGUUUAGCUGAACAUCACAGAUUUAUUCCAACUCUGAUUUCAGAUUGUAGGCUCUUUUGUCUGUGAAAUAAAAAUUAGUAUAAACUGUAGUCCUGGGCCCGGGGAGCCCCACCUGCUCUUGCCCUUCGCCACUUGUCUCUCAGCGGUACCACUAGGCUAUGCUGUUUCUAUUCGGUAGUGCAGGCAGCUCUCACUGCCUGCUAGUGAGAAGCUAGUUCAGUAGCUUGAAUUUCCCCAAUGUCUCGGCUAUAAUCACCUGAAUAUUUAAAUUACUUUCUAUCUUGGUUUUCAGAAUUGACACACCCCACCAGACUUGCCACCAGCCCUUUGAUGGGAGGCCGAGGAACAUGGACAAUGGGUCAGUGACCAUUGGCUUUGGGCCUCAAAGCGCCCUUUCUUACGAAAGAAUGCCUGUGGCCCUGGUGCAGUCCUAGGACGGGAGGAAUGCCAUGGAGGAAAGUUAAGCAGGCCUCAUUUUAAGAAAUUAAACAACAAACUCCUUCUGGAAUCCGAAUUUCCUCAUUCUAGGAGGAGUGGUGUCCUAACCAGCUGUUCCAGGGGAGCUUUGUCACAUCGCCCACCACUUAUGCAUCCGCCCCCCCUUGCACAUCUGUACUCUGUAUUCAGACAUGAGGGGUAAGUGGGAGCAGCACUGGCCUGCCUCCAUGGGCCUGGGGGUGUUGGGAGGGCAUCCCGUCUCCGCUCUAAAUGAAGAGAAGGCGGUUAAAAUGCCACUAGGGUCUCCUUCCUGUCUGUGAUCCCUUUCCCAACUCCUGCUACUAUUGAAGGUGGGGGUUAAGUGACACUGCUGUUGCAGAAGGCUUGGUGCCUGAAGGAAACCAGAAAGUGACCAGACAGAAGCCGGCCCUGCAAGUCCACGGGCCCCAAACGGCCGCCUGGGGGCACAGUUAGUUUUGGUUUGGAGGCACAGCCUUUAAAAAUGUUGUCCCAGCUUGACAAAGGCCCCUCCCAGCAGUGCUUGUCUUCGAGACCAGCCAGGCGUGUUGUGGGCUCGUGGGUGAGGGAGGAGUUCCUUACAGGACUGUUGGGUACCAAAGCGCCUGAGUUGGCAUAGCCCAAGGUCGAAUCUCACUACCUGGCUCAGCAGGGAGCAGUUUGUGGCUGUCAUCCAUUCAGGUCUCAGAAUCAUUUAGAGUUGUGGUUCUCAAAGUGUAGUCUCAAGGCCUCCAGCUCCAGCAUCAGGGAGCUUGUUAGAAAUGCAGGUUCUUGGGCCCUGCCCCAGGCCUGCUGAAUGAGGCUAUGGGCGUGGGGCCCACAACCUGUGUUAAUAAGUCCUCCCUGGGGUUCCGAUGCACACUCAAGUUCAGAUGAUGCCCCAGAGGCCCGGGGCCUGUUCCCCAGGAACUGCUUCUGGGUUGUGGCAGUUGAUGUCUAACUUGAGUCUGGCAUGGCUAGAGCGACAGAAAGGAUCUGCUGAAGGAGGGAGGCCCCUGGAAACCCAAUAUGGGGCUUGAUUGACCCUUUGAUACAUAGCCGCCAGCCUGAGCUGCCUUCCUGGGCAUCUCAGUGUGAGCUGGUCCUGGCUGGCAGGGGAUUCUGCCUGUGACCAGGAUGGGCCACCGAGUGCCUGCGAACAGCAGACCUGGGCUGUGCCCAGAUAUCUGAUGGCUCCCUUCCUCCCCCCAAUUGUCGGAGCCUGGAGGAGCCUGGAGGCGCUGUCCUGGUGCCAGCGAUCUUUUCACUGGGGCAGGAAGUCCAUUGAGCCCUGCAUUGCUUUUAAUGAGUUUUGCAAGCAAGUGGCCUCUUCCCGUGACUCAUUCUGCCUUUUGUGCACCGGAGAUUGUGGUUUUAAGUUUCACUUUGGAAAGUAACCGCUACUUCUGCUGCUUUCUCUGCUGCUGGAAUCUGAACAAGUUAGAUUCGUUUUGCAACAAAGAAAUGUAAAUGUAGGAGCGCCAGUCAUAUUUCUGCUCUGAUUGUAAAAACAUCCUUUUCCGAGAUGGAUGACAGAGCCAAGCUAAGAAAUGGUUUAUAUUUUCAAGUAACGCGUUCGUUGGGGAACUUCAUAUUUUUCCUUCCAGAGGGGUUUGAUAGUUUCGCUUUUGUUCUUUGUCUUCUUGAUUCAUAUUUCAGGGAUAUCCUAAAAAUAAACAGCUCUUGUUGAUCCAGUGAGGCGGUUAACCUCUGAUUUAUUGAGAGAGACUUAGUUCUGGACGAAGGUUUGUGUUCUUGUUUUCAUGCGGCGCACAAAGGAUGAUGAUAGUAGAGAUCAUUUCCUCUACAGUAAAAUAGUUUUCAUCUGGACUUUCCAUGGAACUCAGUUUAUGCUACCUGAAUAGAUGAAUUUCUUAGGAUUAGACAGCGUGUGUUAAAUGGACGCUGUGCAGCAUUUUUUCUCCAAUUCAAAUAAUAUAGUUGUCUUCAACAUGUUAGUGGUGAACUAAGUUAUUUUUAUACAAUUUUAUUUAAAUAUGUACAAACAUAAAACAGUAGCCCUUAUACAGUAAUAAAACCAAAAUGCAUUUAAAAUUAAGUACAGAUAAAACUGCAGCACUAAGAAAAUGUUACGUGGUGGAAAAUGUUGACAUAUUGAAGCUAGUGGGAUGAUGUUGGUUUUGGGUUUAUAAUAAAAGUUUGUAUUCAUA